UACCUGUAUUAUAUUAUUACUACUACUUCGAGUAUUAUUACUACUACACACAUCACAAUGAGAAUCAUUGCUGCAUUCGUCUUGCUGAUGGUCGCUGCCGUCAUGGCCUGCGAGCCAUUCUACCAGCCCCGUAACACCCCACUCGUGACCCCAGACAUGCUCACCCGCCAGGAGCGUCUCUUCCACGAGAAGUACAUGCAGAUUGCCUACGACCUCGCCAUCGCCCAGAACAACCUCUUCACCUCGGUCAUCACCCACCCCAACGGAACCAUCAUGUGUCUCGGCCUCAACGACUUCCCAACCUCGUCCAUCCUGCACGGAGAGAUCUCCGCCAUGCUCAACUGCUCCCGCAUCCAUCACAAGAACACCUGGGAGGGAUACUACCUGUACACCACCGGUGAGUCCUGCCCAAUGUGCCACUCCGCCGCCAUGUGGAUGGGCUUUGCCAAGAUCAUCUACGGAACCUCCAUCCAGACCCUCUACUGUGACAAGUGCCUUGGCCAGAUCCCAAUCCUGUCCAACACCAUCAACGCCAACGCCUACGGUCUCUCUGGAAACAACGCCCCAAUGCAGAUCAUCGGAGGUAUCCUCGCUCAGAAGACCGACACCAUCUACCCCAACUUCUGCUCUGAGUUCACUCACCCAUGGCACACAAACCCAAUCUGUACCUCCUGCGCUGCCUACCCAGACCGC